AUGCUUAGAUCUAGAGUUGUUCCUCAAUUGGCUUUUAGAAGUCUAGCUAGAGCCAAGUCUUCUUCGACUUCUGCUCUAGCAUACAAACAGCUGCAUAAGAAUAGGACUAGACCACCUUUACCAACGAUUGAAACUCCAUCUUGGUCUACAAACAGUGCUAUUUCGUCGAUUUUAUACGAGACUCCAGCACCAUCGAAGGAACCUAAGAAACAGCAUGUGUUGAACUGUCUCGUGCAAAACGAACCUGGUGUGUUGUCGUUGGUUUCUGGGACUUUGGCUGCUAGAGGGUUCAAUAUCGAUUCGCUUGUGGUUUGCAACACAGAAGUCAAGGACUUGUCCCGUAUGACCAUCGUUUUGCAAGGUCAAGACGGUGUCAUCGAGCAAGCUAGAAGACAGAUCGAGGAUUUGGUGCCCGUGUUUGUGGUGUUGGACUACUCGCACUCCACCAUAAUCCAAAGAGAAUUACUUUUGGCAAGAGUCUCGUUGCUUGGAGCCGAAUACUUUGAGGAUUUGAUCCAUCACCAUGAACAGGAUAGCAACAAGGACACAAUCGAGAGGAUCAGACAGAAGCCAUACCACCCUUCGAACCUCCCACUGUCCCAAGUUCUCAGACUCAAACACGAGCAUUUGAACGACAUCACAAACUUGACUGCCAACUUUGGUGGUAAAGUCGUCGACAUUGCAGAACAAAGUUGUAUUGUGGAGCUCUGUGCCAAGCCAUCGCGUGUUUCAGCUUUCUUGAAGCUUGUGGAACCAUUCGGUAUCUUGGAAGUCGCCAGAUCCGGUAUGAUGGCCUUACCAAGAACACACCUGAACGUUUCUGAUGAAGAAGACACCCAGGGUAAGAUCAACGAUAUCGUCGACAUUUCCCAAUUGCCUCCUGGUUAG